UCCGUUUUCGCUAUCGACAUAGCAGCGGUUUCCUUUGGAUUUACCUUUGAGUCAAGAUUGACAGAAGACAGAAGAGUCUGAUAGUUCUAUUAUCAUCCUACACUUCGUUUACGUUUGUGUCGACUGUCUGACUUGUUCUGUCACCUGAAAAGGUGUCGGAUAAAUUAUUACUCGUUCUAGCCGGCAGUAAAGGGUGACUAAAAAUGGACUCUGAGAAAAGUGCUUUCGACGGUGUAGCGAAGGCGACUGGGACAGGUUUGGAGACAGAGUGUGCGCCCAGCGUACAGUCGGACACGCCCACUUUGUGUGACCCCACCCGGAUGUCGACAUCUGACGUCACAGGACGCAGCCUCAAUGAUGAUACGACGUCAAAUAGUGAAGCUACACAAGACGGGGAGAGACUUAUGGAGACAGAUGCUGCAGUUGAAGCUGCAACAGAUGAUCACAAUCGAAGUGAUGAGAAAACAAAUGUCUCAGUUGUCAACAUUGAGGCGGAAGAUGGUAGAGAAAUGAAGGCUACUGAUGGUCAUGCACGUGAUAGCGAGGACCACGAGGCAACAACCACUGAACCCGGAAACGUCGAGUCAGAGACUUCAUCAGAGAUUGAAAGAAAAGAGGAGACUGUUGUCAAUGAGACAGUAGAUAUGGAUAGUAACACCAGUGAGGGUACCGACAGGCAAACGUCUGAACCAGAGCCACGUUUAGGGACAGAAACUGGACACAGCGAUGUCAAGGAAACUAAGCCUGUAGACAAUACUAUGAAUGUUGAGAGCAUUAGCAGCAAGUUGGAUACCGUUGAGCCCAAAGAGAGUGAACCGGAGCCGAAAGUGGGUGUUGACAAUGGAGAUGAUAAGAUGGAAACGAUGGCAGGAGACGAUGUCAUGAAUACGAAGAGCAAUGCCACUGCCAGUGAGCAGGAUAAGUCUGACUCAGAAGCAGAGCCACGUUUAUGUACAGAUGAGAGACAGGAUGAAUUGGAGGAAAAGACGCUGGGAGAGGAUGCUAUGGAAGUUGAAACCAGCAGUGAGCCCAGGGACGCUAAUCUACAAACGGCCGAGCCACAGCUGACAACAGGCAUCAAAACUGGAGAUGAUAGUAGCAAAACGUUGCCAACGGAUGAGCCGAUGGAUGAUGAGAGUAAUGUCAGUGAUUCUAUGGCCUCUGUGGCAAUGAUGACCGAGACUGAGACGGCUGUGGGGACUACAACUGGACUUGAUGGUGUGAAGGAAACGAUGCCACCGCUCGUUGCUAUGGAAAUUGGGCACAGUGAUGAUGAGCCUAUUGCAGGUGGUCAAAACGAGAAGGAUACAUUGGCCAGUGAAUUGGAAUCAGACGCAAACACACACAGUGAGCCACCUGUAGAUGAACCAAAGCAGGACGGCUUGGCUAGUAGUGAUGUCAUAGCAAGAAGUGAUCAUAACGAUCAAGAUAUCGAGGCUAAUACAGAAACAAGAAAUAUUAAUGGGGAGGAAAUUGAUAAACCAAGUGGCAUGAUUGCAGAGAAAGAAGCUGAUCUAGAACAUGAUGUGAAAAGCUCAGAAACAAGUGGGCGCGUCGAAGUAGCUUGUACUGAUUCUUCUGGUACGGAUGAAGUCAAGCCUCCAGCAUCAUCAGAGACAUUGAAAGACAAAGCAGUAGGAGACAAAGAAUGUCAACAGGAAAGUGCAACCUGUGACGAUGAAAAGGAAGCAAAGAAAAGUGCAACCUGUGACGAUGAAGAGGAAGAACAGGAACUACCAGAUACAGACAUAGCAAAUGAUGAAUCUGAAGGUGGUUUGUGUGACCCAUACAUGAAAGGUGAUGCUAAGAAUGAUGAUGAACGUAAAGGUCUGACAACGCGCAUUGCUGGGGAUGAGAGAGAUGAGGGAGAACUGCAAAAGCAAGAAAAGAAUCAAAGCAAUGCAGAGGCAGUUGGAGGUCCAGAUGGACAAACAAAUGGUUAUAGCCCAAACAUAAUUUCAGACACUACAGUGGACAAAGAUGAAGAUGAACAAGAACAGGAUGAUCCUGAGUCAGGUGAUGAGGGUGCCAAAAAAACCGAUUUGAGCAAUAGUGAUGAUGAUGGCUGGGGAAGACCAUGGAGAAAUAGUUCUGUUCCAAAACCCACUAAACAGCGAUCUUGGUGGACGACUGCCGACACGGAUGACUAUCUUACUGGAUAUCCAGGGAAGGAAGACUACCCACAACUGAAAGACAACCUCGACUUCUACCAGAACAAAAUACCAUCCGUUCCUAAUGGUGAUUACAUAGACGUAAUACAUAAGAAAUGGUGGGGUAAGUAUGACAAGCUGGAGCAACACCACAGUUAUAUUCAAUGGUUGUUUCCAAUACGCGAGACUGGCUUGAACUGGCAGGCACAGGAAUUGCAGCUUCACGAAGCAGAGGCUAUCUGUCAAGACAAAGUAGCUCACGCUCGAGUAUUGAAGUCGUACGAAAUGAUGCUUGAUUUCUACGGCAUGAAGCUGGAGGACAAGAAAACAGGAAAGAUCAGCAGAGCAAAGAACUGGAAAGGAAGAUAUGCAAACUUGAACAGGUCGAUGCACAAUUACCUGCGAAUCACUCGGAUACUGAAGUGUCUUGGUGAGCUGGACUAUGAGCACCUGAAGUUUCCUUUCGUUCAAUUUUGCAUCCAGGAGGCAUUCGAAACGGGCGCACUUCGUAAUGUGGCCAGGAGCUGUAAAGACUACUGGAUCUAUGUUAUCAAGGAUGAUAGGAAGCGAGGUGAACUGGAGGAUCUAGUGACUGCACUAUCGAGCUCGUAGAUUGAAUGGACAAUUGCAAUAGAGGUACAUGUGUAUUGUCAUAGGUUGUGGAAUUGUAUAUGAAAGGUAGGGAAAUAUCCAA